CCCCUCCCUGAUUGCCUGGACAGCAGAGCAGCUGCUGUACAUGAUAUGAACAAUUCACAGAAGGUCAACAAAUUCCUCUGAGUGCACUAGAAUGACAAAGCUGAAUUUCACAGAAAGCCAUUGAGCAGACACACUGGACUGAGUGAUGUGAGAAGAACAACAUAAAGAAACACUGUCAACAACCACAAAAGUGAAUGAUACCAUACAUUAUGCAGCACUAGCAACUGUGACUUGGGGGAAUUUUACCAUAAUCCCAAAGUGUCAAUAAGAUUCAUAAAUUGAAGCAGCUAUGGCGCACUUUUGGAAACCGCCUUUGACACACGAGGAGUUAAAUAAAGAGCAAUAUGAGGGGCAAACAUCUUACUCCAUGUAUCAUUUUGUUCCUGCUAGCCAGGUCAGCCUAGGCCUGGAUCAUAUAGCUGGUGAAGUCAGCAGUGAAAUGUCCUUUUAUGGUCCAUCAGAUUCACAUGUUCCUGAAGAAACUGAGUUUUUUCACAUCAAACUUAUUUGACUUAAAUGCAACAGAACAGCAUCUUUAUGGAGUAAAUCAACCUCGGGUUCAUGGUGAAUUUUACUUUGGAAGUCCUGUAUCUCCUUGGCAACAAACCACAGGGCCACCAGCAGUUGGUUUCAGACCUUCUUUGUUACCAGGCUGUUAUAACUUCAGUGUUGAAGAUUCCUACCCAACAUAUCCCCUCGAAACAUACUACAACUAUGAUGCAUAUAGAAGAAACAGCUCAAGUCAAAUUGAAGGCGAAUUUGGCUCAGUUGUGGAAGAAAAUGAGAACAAGUUGAAUUUCCAUAUAGGCUUUGAACAUUCAGAUGCUCAGUAUUUGAUGUUCUCGGGUGAUGUGUUACACAGAGAAAUAUCAGGUGAUAGUCCAAAUGGACAAGGAAUGAACAAUAGAAGUGGGGAUGCCAGGACUCCUUUCCCUAUAAGCUAUGGAGAAACUUACUUAACAGACUCUUCCACAAGAUUUACCUUGGACCCUCUCUGGCCCAGCACCUCUGAAAACUCUAUGAACAACAAAGAGCUUGCAGGUUGGUCAAUCCAGCUGGCUGAAGUGGAUCAAGGGAGUAAUGAAAGCACAGCCUCCUUUUGCAGUGCAGUGAAGAAAAUACGAGAUUCAUGUCCUGCUUUUGACUCGAAGAAAAACACUGGGAAGAUCUGGAGUGUUGCAACAAUGGUCCCAAACCAGAUUCUUUGUAAAUCAAAGUUGAGAAUAAGCAUUUUGACAAACAGUUCCUCACAGCCACUGCAUCUUACACCAUAUGCUAGCUGCAUCGUCCAUGACUUAAUUGCAGAGAUCCUCCGUUGCACAGAUCAAUAUCCAGAGCAGAAAGAGUAUUUUCUCAUUGUGUGUGGGUCUGAUGAAGUUUUACAAAAUGAUCAGACUUUGGGUAGUCAUGACAGUCUUCGCAAGGCAGCCACUUCCAUUCAGCUUCAUCUACAGAAAGGCACCAGCUUCCAGCACAGUUUGGCUCGAACGCAUCAACAGCAUAAAGUGGAUAGCGUGAUUGAAGAAAUCAAGGCAAUCUGCAGCGCCUUCUCUUCUGUGGAAACCAGGGAUAUUACUGAUGCAGUUGAGAAACUCCAUUCAGUGCCUCUGGGGAAAGCACAGAUUUCUCUUCAAAAUUUAGAAACUCCAGUCAAAG